CUGAUGGAAAACCACACAUUCAACAGCUUUACCCUCCAGCUGGAGGGAUUGAAGGUCACAGAGGUUUCCAAAUAUCCCGUCUUUUUCUCUUUCCUUUUCUCCUACAUACUGAUAAUGACAACCAACAUCAGCAUCAUUGUCCUGGUUUUCAUUGACAAAAGCCUUCACCAGCCAAUGUAUCUCCUGUUCUGUAACCUGCCCUUUAAUGACAUUGUUGGAAACUCGAUCAUGAUACCUCGUUUACUUUCAGAUAUUCUUCUGCCUACUUCUGAGCGCCUCAUCAGUUAUUAUGAGUGUCUUGUUCAGGCUUUCACCACACAUAUGUAUGGCACCACUUCCCACACUGUGCUCAUGAUUAUGGCCUUUGACAGAUAUGUGGCCAUCUGUAAUCCUCUGCGAUAUGCUUCCAUAAUGACCAACACAAUGGUGAUCAAGCUGACAGUUUCUGCCUGGGGGGUGGCCUUUGUUUUGGUCGGGAUUCUGCUCGGUCUGACCAUACGGCUGAGUAGAUGCAGGACUAUGAUCACAAAUCCUUUCUGUGACAAUGCCUCAUUAUUUAAGCUCUCCUGUGAGAACGUGGACAUUAAUAAUGUCUAUGGCCUCGCUUUCACUGUGGUCCUGUUCACAGGUUCUAUAGGCUGCAUGGUUCUCACCUAUAGUCAGAUUACAGUGGUCUGUGCGAGCAGGAAGAACAAGUCUUUGAACAGUAAGGCCUUAAAGACCUGCAGCACUCACCUCUUUGUCUACAUGAUUAUGUUAUUUUCUGGGGUUCUCGUCAUAACGCUGCAUCGCUUUCCUCAGUUCGCCGACUACAGGAAACUGUGUGCCAUUUUGUUUCAUAUCAUCCCAGGAAGUCUGAACCCCAUCAUUUAUGGUGUGCAGUCAAAAGAGAUACGAAAAUUCCUGUUGACGGUGUUCCGCUUCAAAAAGGUUUUACCGUCAUUGUCAAGCAAACAUUUAGGAUGA